UCGACGAUGGAGUUGUUCGAGCGUGCCAGGACGGUUCGGUUGCGGAGCCACCAUGACAAGUACCUGUACGCAGAUGAGGACGAAGCGCAUGUGAUCCAGGACCGUAAUGCAGCAUCCCCAAACGCACGGUGGGUGGUGGAGCCGGUCCCGCACUCCCCCGGCGUGCUCCGCCUCCGCAGCCGCUACGGCCGCUACCUCUCUGCCUCCAACGAGCCCUUUCUCCUUGGCGUCACUGGCCGCAAAGUGCUCCAGACCCUGCCCCACCGCCUCGACUCCUCCGUCGAGUGGGUGCCCGUUCGCGACGAUGGCGGCGGUAGAGAGCGUGCCCAUGGUGCGCGCCUCCGCACCCGGUACGGCAACUUCCUUCGUGCCAACGCGGGGCUCCCACCAUGGAGGAAUUCCGUGACCCAUGACACCCCGCACCGGCAUGCUGGGUGGGUGGUCUGGGACAUCGAGAUCGUCCAAGCCCUCCUGACUGGACCUGACUCCUCCGCUUCUGCCUCCAACGCCGGCGCCGACUCCUCUCCCACACCAUCGUACAAACCUCCCUCCCGCUCAUCGUCACCGUCUCCGGCUCCCGUGCCAACAUCAGCACUAAGGCCGCCACCCCCACCACCGCACCAUCGGGAAGAGUACUCAGCUCCGUUUAGAGCACAGCCCCCGCCGCCGCCACCAGGCUACAUCGCGCCCCCCGCUCCUGGCCUAUAUAGGCUUGAGUCGACGGAAUCCUUCUCGGUGCCGCUUCACAAAGUGGAGGGGCGGGCAAUCCACUACCACAUCGGGGACGACGACGGGGAUGUGAGCCCGGACGAGGAGCCGAACUUCUUGACGUUCAAUGGGACAAGCCUGGAGGAACUGCUGGAGAUGCUUAAGGAGGAGACGGGGCUCCAGGAUGUGAUCAUGUGCUCGCGUAGCCCCAUCAAUGGAAAGCUCCUGCCACUUCGUCUACAGCUGCCGCCAAACAACGCUGCCAUGCACAUUGUGCUCCUGCGGGAGUCAUCAAAAGUGGCAAAAGCUUUUGCAUGACGACCUCCCGGUUUAAAAAAUCUGAAGAUGGUGGCAGCAAAGGGCUAGCUUAAGUCGAAUGCAGGAUUUGGGCAUCUGGUAUGUACUAUCUCGUUCUCAGGAGUCAGAGUGAUCUUUGUAGCUGAAAUUGGGACCCUUGAAAUUUUCUAUGCCA